UGUCUGGCAGGCUCCACUGGAGAGAUUCUAGAACAUUCUCACUCUGAGGCUUCAGCCUUAGGUGCCUCCACUUGAACCCGGAGAAGGCCUGCUUCCUGCUCAGGCCUAAACUGUGGGGAAGUUGGGGGUAAAACAGCCAUUUAUGUAUUCAGCCUACCAGGCAGAGGAGAAUGGGGCCUCCACAGCCUGAAGAAUGAAGACUCGACAGAACAAAGAUUCAAUGUCAAUGAGGAGUGGACGGAAGAAAGAGGCCCCUGGGCCAAGGGAAGAGCUGAGAUUGAGGGGCCGGGCCUCCCCUGGUGGGGUCAGUACCUCCAGCAGUGAUGGCAAAGCUGAGAAAUCCAGGCAGACUGCCAAGAAGGCCAGGGCAGAGGAGUGCGCCACCCCAAAGACCAGCAAGCAGGGUCGAAAUGAGGAAAUCUCUGAGAGUGAAGGCGAGGAGAGCAGUGCACCGAAGAAGACCAAAACAGAGCAGGAGCUCCCAAGACCACAGUCACCCUCUGAUCUAGACAGCCUGGAUGGUCGAAGUUUGAAUGAUGAUGCCAGCAGUGAUCCACGAGACAUUGACCAGGACAACCGAAGCACGUCCCCUAGCAUCUAUAGCCCUGGAAGUGUGGAAAAUGAUUCUGACUCAUCCUCUGGCUUAUCCCAGGGUCCUGCCCACCCUUAUCAUCCACCUCCACUCUUUCCACCCUCUCCCCUACCCCCAGAUAGCAACCCCCGACCACCAGAGCCUGGCUUUGAACCUCAUUCCUCAGUGCCGGCCACUGACUACCACUCUACCAUGGAAUCCCCAGGUCCUCGGAUGUUCCAGGCCCCACCUGGGCCCCCACCUCACUCACAACUCUAUUCUGGGGGAUCUGGGGCAGGCAUCUUGUCUGGGGCCCCAUUAGGUUCCAAGGGGGGAGGGAAUGCCCCUCCAGUAGGGCCUCCAGGUGGAGCAAAGCAGCAUCCUCCACCUACUACCCCUAUUUCCCUAUCAGGCCCUGGAGCUGGUGGACCACCUCCUAAGCCACCUCCUACCCCUGGUGGGAUGGGUAACCCACCUCCUGCUCCUCCAGCUCCAUUUCCCCAUGUGGCACCCAACCUUCCCCCUCCUCCUGCCCUCCGGCCCCUCAACAAUGCCCCUGCCUCAUCUCCCGGCCUUGGAGUCCAGCCAUUGCCUGGGCACCUUCCCUCCCCCCAUGCUAUGGGGCAAAGCAUGGGUGGACUACCCCCUGGCCCUGAUAAAGGCCCUAGCCUGGCUCCCUCCCCACACCCCAUCCCUCCGGUCUCUUCCUCUGCCCCAGCUCCUCCAAUGAGGUAUCCGUAUGCCUCCUGCAGCUCAGCUGCCUCUUCCAAUUCCUCUUCCUCCUCUUCUGGGCCUCCAUACCCCUCGUCCCAGGCACUGCCCGGGUACCCACACUCCUUCCCCCCACCCACAAGCCUCUCAGUGUCCAGCCAGCCUCCCAAAUACACCCAGCCAUCUCUGCCCUCCCAGGCAGUGUGGAGCCAGGGCCCCCCUCCUCCCUAUGGCCGACUCCUGGCCAAUAGUGGCAACACUCACCCGGCCCCCUUCCCAGCCCCCAGUUCGGGUCAGGCAGGUGGUCAUCCCCCAGGCCCCCCAGCACACCAUCACCACCAGCAGCAGCAGCAGCAGCAGCAGGCCCCGCAGCCACCCCAGCAGCAGCAGCAGGCCCCACCACCUCCACCACCACCCCCCCAGCAGCAGCAGCAUCCACCUGGUGGUGGUGGCUCAGCCCCAGCUGCUCCGGGGGCCUACCCGCACAGUCUCGAGGGUGGCUCCCAUCAUGGCCACCCUUAUUCCCUGUCCCCGUCCCUGGGUCCCCUGAGGCCCUUUGCGCCUGGGCCAGCGCACCUGCCCCCACCCCACAGUCAAGGCCCGGGCCCCAGCCCCUACGGUAGCCAGGCGGGCCCGGGUGGUGGUGGUGGUGGUGCUGCUGUCUCAGCUGCCUCUUCCUCGUCUUCCUCCUCGUCCUCAACCUCUUCCCAGGGGCCCUACCCUUGCUCCCACGCGUCGCCCUCCCAGGGUCCAGCAGGGGGCGCCCCAUACGCCUUUCCGCCGGUCACCUCGGCCUCGGCCACGCUCUCCACGGUCAUUGCCACUGUGGCCUCCUCCCCGGCCGGCUAUAAGACGGCCUCGCCUCCGGGACCGCCGGCCUACGCGAAAAGGGCUCCAUCCCCGGGGGCCUACAAGACCGCCACACCGCCGGGUUACAAGCCAGGCUCCCCUCCCACUUUCCGCACGGGGACCCCGCCGGGCUACCGCGGUGCCUCGCCUCCCGCCGGCCCCGGGGCCUUCAAACCGGGAUCCCCGGCUGUGGGACCCCCGGGCUUGCCCGCGUUGCCCCCGGGCCAGGGUGCCACUUCGGCCGCAGCCGCGCCCCCGCUCAGCGCGUCCCAGAUCAAGCAGGAGCCGGCCGAGGAGUACGAGGCCCCAGAGAGCCCUGCGCCCCCCGCCCGCAGCCCCUCGCCCGCGCCCAAGGUGGUGGACGUGCCCAGCCACGCCAGCCAGUCCGCCCGGUUCAACAAACACCUGGACCGAGGUUUCAACUCGUGCGCGCGCAGCGACCUGUACUUCGUGCCGCUCGAGGGCUCCAAGCUCGCGAAGAAACGCGCGGACCUGGUAGAGAAGGUGCGGCGCGAAGCUGAGCAGCGGGCGCGCGAGGAAAAGGAGCGAGAGCGAGAGCGGGAGCGCGAGAAAGAGCGCGAGCGGGAGAAGGAGCGCGAGCUCGAACGCAGCGUGAAGCUGGUUCAGGAGGGCCGUGCCCCCGUCGAGUGUCCAUCCCUGGGCCCUGUGCCCCACCGGCCACCAUUCGAGCCGGGCAGCGCAGUGGCCACGGUGCCCCCUUAUCUGGGGCCCGACACGCCUGCCCUUCGCACGCUCAGCGAGUACGCUCGGCCCCACGUCAUGUCUCCUGGUAAUCGGAACCAUCCUUUCUACGUGCCCCUGGGGGCUGUGGACCCCGGGCUCCUGGGCUAUAAUGUCCCCGCCCUCUACAGCAGUGAUCCCGCUGCUCGGGAACGGGAGCGAGAAGCCCGGGAACGUGACCUUCGAGACCGACUCAAGCCCGGCUUUGAGGUUAAGCCUGGAGAGUUGGAGCCCCUUCAUGGGGUUCCUGGGCCAGGAUUGGAUCCCUUCCCUCGGCAUGGGGGUCUGGCCCUGCAGCCAGCCCCACCUGGCUUGCACCCCUUCCCCUUCCACCCGGGCCUGGGGCCCCUAGAGCGGGAGCGCCUGGCCCUGGCAGCCGGGCCGGCCCUUCGGCCAGACAUGUCCUAUGCAGAGCGGCUAGCAGCGGAAAGGCAGCAUGCAGAGAGGGUGGCAGCCCUAGGCAAUGACCCCCUAGCCCGCCUGCAGAUGCUCAACGUGACGCCCCAUCACCACCAGCACUCCCACAUCCACUCCCACUUGCAUCUGCACCAGCAGGAUGCCAUCCAUGCAGCUUCGGCCUCUGUGCAUCCUCUUAUCGACCCUCUGGCCUCAGGGUCUCAUCUUACCAGGAUCCCCUACCCAGCUGGGACCCUCCCCAACCCUCUCCUGCCUCACCCCCUGCAUGAGAAUGAGGUUCUUCGUCACCAGCUCUUUGCCACCCCUUACCGGGAUCUGCCAGCCUCACUCUCAGCUCCCAUGUCAGCAGCUCAUCAGCUGCAGGCCAUGCAUGCCCAGUCUGCAGAGCUGCAGCGCCUGGCCCUGGAGCAGCAGCAGUGGCUCCAUGCCCACCACCCCCUGCACAGCGUGCCACUCCCCGCCCAAGAGGACUAUUACAGUCAUCUGAAGAAGGAAAAUGACAAGCCUCUGUAGAGCACCGGCACUGGGACCAUCGAGGGGAGGCGGCAGAGCCCCUCGGAAGAAAGUGACCAAGCCUGCCGGAGGAGAGGGAGCAGGAGGGAGGGUGCUGGAUGAGGCGGGGGUAGCUUGGGGAGAUUGAGAGGCAGAAGCGCCCAGCGGCACAGCCGGGAUUCCCUUCCCUUGUUUCUCCUGCCCCUCCCAGCUUGGGGGUGGGGGGUGCAGCCACCCCCUCCUCUCCUCUUCCUCGGUGUGAUUACUUCAUCUGUUAGAUGUGGCUGUUUUGUAGCAUCGUGUGCUGCCCCCGCCCCCCCCAACCUGUGUGCGGCGCGCCUCCCUUAUUGUAUACCCCGACAAUUCCUCCCCCACAUUAAUAAUUUAUAUAUAUAUAAAUAUCUAUAUGCCACUCUUUAAAAAAAGCCCCCAACCAAAACCAAACAACAACAAAAAGAUCCUCACAACCCCCCAGGAUGACUAAGACUGGUUAUUUGAGGGUGUGGGGGUGGGGUGACAGACUGUCACGUGGGAGGCGACUGGUAACCUACUGAAGGUGCCAAAGCGGGGGACCUGUGGGUGGGUAAGGGGUAGCGCUGCCAGAUUCUCCGUUCCCCCCUCCCCCAACACAGCGCACGGAGAGCCCAUUUAACCUGCCUAGGACAGAGCCCAAGGGACUGAGGGGAUCAUGAGGUCAGCCGAAGCCCAGAGCUGUUUGGAGGACUUCAGAUGGCCAUCAGCGUUUCCUUCCUUUUGCUUUUCUCAAAAAUGCACACAGUGAGUGUAAGGAUCCUCCGUUUUCAGGGCAGGAAAUGCCACCCGGGGUCAAUGAGUGCUCCGGGUUCCUGACCUUGGCAGUGCCUGUAUUCCCACACUACUCCGGACCCUUGGGGGUGAGGGGUACAAGGCUUCCCCCCAGAAAAGCACCCAGACAGUUUUGUGGAAUGGAGGUGGCCCUGGAGCCCCAAAGUGCGCGGCAAGGGAUCCCCAGUAGUAAGAGGAGUUAAGACGUGGUUUCUAAAGCGCCCCCGGCAGAAUGACGAAGCGAGAAUUAUCCGCUUUCCUGGAGCCGGAGGGGCUCCCGGGCCCAAUGGAGGAAGGGGACACGUUUCCAAGAUCAGGAAGAUCACGCAGCACCCCCAAGCUCAGGCUCAACAAGAAGUGAACCCAAGGCGAAAGUUUCCCGAGGACUCCAGCCUGCCCAGGGUU